CCUCGUCGCCGCCUUCAUAAAGCAAAGCAAAGAAAUCGUCGCGAAACCCCGACCAAUCGAAGCUCUCUUCCGCCGCACCGACGCCACUUCUGCCACUCCGGUGUUACGAUCCGCCGGAAUCAUCCUGCCGCCGCCCGCCUGCUGGAAAGUUCAGGACUCCCGGGCGGACAUGUCUCCGGCGAUCGUAGAUUUCCGGACACCGGCGGCCGCCUCUUCCCAGGUCCACCCCAGGCGAUCCCCUCCUUCAAACUCUGGAAAAGGUCAGAUCCUCGCCCCCCCUCCCUCUUUCUCCUUCCAUCCCACUGGCAUUCCCCCCACCGAUCGCCCCUCCGUUUCCACCUCCGCCUCUCCGAUGGAUAAGGCGAACCUAGGGCAUUCAUUUCCGGGCUCCGGGAACUCCACUGAUGGCGGUCUUAAUGAUGAUUUCGCUUCCUCUGCCCCUUCUUUGCCACCGUCCACAUUCCCCUCGGUUUCGGCCGCCGGGAAGCCUUCGCCUGCGGCGGGGCUCUCGAAGCCCCGCCUCGUGAAGGUGAGGAAGCAUUUCGCGUCCUCCCGGGUGAGGCCAACUUUAGCUUCGGAGGCGGGAGAUGCUUCGGGGUUCAACCUGUUUCGAACGGAGCCGGCAGUUUCGGCUGCUGGCGAAGCCGAUCAGAAGGAGGGUGGCAGAAUGCGUGGGCUGAGUGAGAAGCUUCAUUCGUGGAAGCAAUUCGGUUCUGAGCCAGGAAUUACGGUUCCUGAGAAUUCAAGUGGUCCAAAUUUGAGUAGUUUUGAGUCUGUGAACUCGGAGAGUGCUGGUUCUACUUUGAAACAAGGUACAAACAUUGGGUCUGAGAAUGUGAAAGAUGGUGCAUUUAGUUUUGGUAGUGAGGGAAGUCGAGGUCCUAAUGCAGGUUUGUUUGUAUUUGGAUGUGGUGCGAAGAAAAGUUCUGAUUCAGAACGAAGCUCGCCAGAGAAUUUGAGUGGCACUAAAUUAGGUAGUCUUGAAUCUGUGAAGUCUGAGAGCUCUAGUUUUGUUUUCAGUGCUGGUUCUGCUUUGAAGCCAAGUGUAGAUACUGGGUCUGAGACUGUGAAAGAUCGUGCAUUUAGUUUUGGUAGCGAGGGAAGCCGAGGUUCUGAUGCAGGUGUGUUUGUAUUUGGGAGUGGUGUGAAAACAAUUUCUGAAUCAGGACGAAGCUCACAGGAGAAUUUGAGUGGUACUAAUAUGGGCAGUUUUGAAUCUGUGAAGUCUGAAAGCUCUGGUUUUGUUUUUGGUGCUGGUUCUGCAUCAAGCCAGAGUGCAAAAAAUAUUGUGUCUGGGAAUAGUAUAGAUCGUGCUUAUGGUUCUGGUAGUGAGGGAAGUGGUGCUUCUGAAGCAAGUGUUUUUGUUUUUGGGAGUCGUGCGAAGAAAAGUUCUGAUUUGGAACGGAACUCUCCGGAGACCUCAAGUGGCAUGAAUUUGGGUAAUUUUGAACCAGUGAAGUCUGAGAGUGCUGAUUUUGUCUUUGGUGCUUGUUCUGUUUCAAAUUCGAAUAAGCCAGCUAAUGCAUUUAACUUUGCUAGCAAAGAAAGCAGCAAUUAUCAUUCAGGUGCUUUUGCACCUGGGAGUGGUCUGGAGAAGAUAUCUAAUGAGAGUCAGAACUUGUCAGGAAAUUCAACUGGCUCAAAUAUGGGUAGCUUCAAAACUGGAAAUUCUGAAAGCACUACAUUUGUCUUCGAUGGUAAUGCUGGGUCAUUUUCAGAUGCCAACAGUGUUGGGUCAGCGAGUGUGGUAGGGGCUGCAUCUAGUAUUAUGAAAAACAGGAAUGUGAAAUCUGAUUCAAGUGUGUUUGUAUUUGGGAGUGGAACACAAAAAGGUGCCAGUUCAUCAAGGAACUUGCCAGAGGAUUCUAGCAUUCCAAACUUGGGCACUUAUGUGUCUGUGAAUCCUGAAAAUGCUAACUUUGGUGCAAGUUCAACAUCAAGUUUGAGAUCCAAAAGAAUGGGGCCGGGUAAUACUCUGGGUGGUGAGUUUAGUUUCACAAGUGAGAUAAGCUGGAAUCCUGACCCAGCUGUCUUUGUAUUUGGUAGUGGUAUGGGAAAAAGUUCUACUUUGAGUUACAGCUCAUCUAUUGUCUCUGAGGAGGGCCCAUUCUUGAGGCUUCCUAAUGAACUGAGAAAGCUGAACUUGCAGAGCUCUGCUAAUGAGGAGGGUUUUGAGAAGACAAAGCAAACUGAUAAUAAGGCUAUGGUCGAUCAGAGCAAUGUUUUUGUCUUUGGUGGUAACCAGAAUGCUUCCAGUUCCAUUGGUGAUGGUGCUGCAAAUCUUCUGCCAGUGGAGAUGAAGCAAUUGAAUAUAGGAAAUGAGACAGCAUCCAAGAACACAAAAAUUGGAAGCAAGGAUCAGACAGCAAAUGUAUUUGUUUUUGGAAGCAAUGUGAAGAAAAGCUCUCCAUCAAGUCCGGGAUCAACCAGUUCGUUCACUAGUUUUGAGAAAAGUGCUUUUCCAGAGUUCCCAAAUGACCUACAGAAGCUGAACGUUGAAGGUUCAUUCACUUCUAGUUCCAUUGCUGGUGGUGCCAUAAACAUGCCACCAGAGGAAGUGAAGAUAGGAAUCGGGACAGCAUCCAAGAACACAAAAUUUGAAAGCAUGGAUCAGACAUCCAAUGUGUCUGUCUCUGGAAGCAAUAUGAAGAAAAGUUCUGCUUCAAGUCAGAGAUCAACCAAUUCAUUCACUAGUUUUGAGAAGAGCACUUGUUCGGAGCUCCCUAAUGAUGUACAAAAGCUGAACAUUGAAGGUUCAAGGAAUGGUGGUAGUUUUGCAGAGACAAAACAUACCAAUUAUCAGUUCAAGGUGGAUGUAAGCAAUGGGCCUAAUGGCUUUACUUUUCCUAGUAAAGGAGAUGCAUCUGACUCUUUUGGAGGAAAUGGAGUAAAUACACUACACAAUGAUAUGCAGAAGUCGAAUAUCAAUAACCCAGAAAAUUCAACUGCAAAUCUACAUCAGGGAGAUUGUUCAGCUUCCUUCAAAUUUACUUUUCAGGCGGGAAAACUGGAUGCCAAUUCAACGAAUGGCCAUGUUCCACCAUCUAAAGCAGAAGGACAUUUUACAUUCGGUGGAGUUGCUGCACCUUCUUUUAAGCCAUCAUCAUCUGGCCCUGCUUUUCAGUUUGUGGGGACUGAGUUCACUUUCAGAAGUAUGCAUGCAGGACAGGAAACACCAUACAUGGAAAUUAGAACCCAUAAACCGGGUGAUUCUUGGUUGUCUAAGGAGAAUUUGUUUACUGGACCACAUCAUGCUAUGUCAUUCAAGAUGAAGAAGGGAGAGGCUAAAAGUACAAAAACAAAGAAGAGGAGAGGUAAAUCAAGACAAUCUUUUCCAGCCCGCCAUACCUUUGCUAAACCAUUUAUUUCAAUGAAAAAGGGUUCCUUGGAAAAUAUGGAACCUGAGUCUCCUGGUGGUUAUUCACCAAUGGAUUAUUCUCCUUAUCAGGAAAACUUAGUAGCUGAUCGAUGUUCAAGAGAAGCUUCGGUGGCAUCUGAUGAGUCCAGCCGAAUUUUCCCCCGCUGUGCAUCAACUGAUACACAGACCUUGCUUUCUGUAGAUGAAAGAGAAGAAGACUUGGUAUCUGCAACGCAAGGCUUAGAUAUCAAUGAAGAUGAUCUAAGACAUGAUGGUGAUGGUUCUAAAAGCCAUGUUGAGAUGAAUUCUGCUGCCAAAUCUUCCAUUAUAGAUGAACAAAAUUCUGGAUUUGGCGGAGAAAGGCUUGUUUUCAAAUCUGACAGUGUUGGUCUUAAUAGUGACAAUAGGAAUGCUGCCAUGGAAGAUGAAACUGGUUCUUUUAGCUCUCAUCUUGGGAGGCAAGCAACCAAGGGUGAAACAUGCUUCACUUUUGCAACCAGCUGUGAGGACUUUGGUGGAUCAAAUUUCACAUUUUCUGCAUCACCUUUUACUCAAGGUCCAUUAUCAGCAGCAAAACGCCAUUAUAGAAGGAAAAAUAGGAUGAAAACUGGUCAGAAUUUGUACAAUUCCACUCCAAAUGCCAGUGUUCCUUUGGCUUCCUCCUCUCCAAAUUUGUUUCCGCUUACCAGCACUACUGUGCAACCAGAUUCUGCACCUGACCUAGAAGGCAUGCCAUCGAUUGGCCAGUUUGCAGAUGAUAAGAAAGAAGAAACAAAUAGAAAACCUGACUCCAGAAAAGAAGCCGUAACCAAAGAUGCAGCAAGUGUUGCAGCACAGGAAGCCUGUGAGAAGUGGCGUCUCAGGGGCAACCAAACUUAUGCAAAUGGAUAUCUAUCUAAAGCAGAGGAGUAUUAUACACGUGGGGUGAAUUCUAUCUCUCCGAAUGAAGCUUCUAGGAAUUGCAGUAGAGCAUUGAUGCUGUGCUAUAGCAACCGUGCGGCUGCACGGAUGUCUCUUGGAAGAAUGAGAGAAGCACUCAAUGACUGUAUGAUGGCUAUUGCAAUCGAUCCCAGCUUUCUCAGGGCCCAAGUUAGGGCUGCAAAUUGUCAUCUUGCACUGGGAGAGAUUGAGGAUGCAUUGAAGUAUUUUAAGAAGUGCUUGCAAUCAGAUGAUGGUGCUCGGUUGGACCAGAAAAUCUUAGUAGAAGCUUCUGAAGGUCUGCAAAAAGCUCAGCAAGUGUCUGAUUAUAUAGUUCAGUCUGAGGCACUUAUUCUAAAAAGAACACCUGAUGAAGUAACAAAGGCCUUGCAGCUAAUCUCUGAAGCCAUGUCAAUCAGUCCUUAUUCAGAAAAAUUGAUGGAGAUGAAAGCAGAGGCUCUAUUAAUGCUGCAUAAUUAUGAAGAAGUAAUUCAAUUUUGUGAACAGUCUCUGGAUUCUGCCGAAAGGAAUUCUUUCUUGGCUGGCUCUGAUGAUCAACUCAAUAAUGUAGAUUCCUCUGGAAACAUGAAAAUUUCUUCUGUGAGGCUUUGGAGGUGGCAUCUCAUUUCCAAGUCUUACUUCUAUCUAGGAAAACUUGAGGAUGCUCUUGAGUUCCUAAGGAAGUAUGAACAAGUGAAACAUACGGUAGACAGGUAUGGAAACAAGUCUUCAGAAAAUUACACAUCAUUUUCUGUCACCAUACGCAAACUAUUACAGCUCAAAGCUGCUGGGAAUGAAGCAUUUCAAGCAGGAAGGCAUUUGGAGGCGGUGGAACAUUAUACUUCUGCUUUAACAUGCAGUACUGAAUCACGUCCCUUUGCCGCAAUAUGCUUUUGCAAUCGUGCUGCCGCAUAUCAGGCCCUGGGUCAAAUCACAGAUGCCAUUGCAGACUGCAGUCUAGCAAUAGCUCUUGAUGCAAGUUAUCCCAAGGCUAUUUCCAGAAGGGCCACCUUACAUGAGAUGAUCAGGGACUAUGGGCAGGCAGCUAAUGAUCUCCAUAGACUAAUAUCUCUUCUUGCAAAGCAAUUAACAAAUAAAGGCAAUCAGUCUGGAUCACUGGGAAAAUCAACUAGUAACAAUAAUGAUCUAAAUCGAGCUCGUUUACGGCUUUCUUCUGUGGAAGAGGCAGCCAGAAGGGAAACCCCAUUGGAUUUGUAUAUAAUUUUGGGAAUUGAACCAUCGAGCUCUGCAGCUGAUGUGAAGAAGGCGUACCGCAAAGCUGCACUCAGACAUCAUCCAGACAAGGCUGGUCAGUUUUUAGCAAGGAGUGAGAAUGCUGAUGAUGGACUUUGGAGGGAAGUGGCUGAUGAAGUCUAUAUGGAUGCUGAUCGAUUAUUCAAAAUGAUAGGGGAGGCAUAUACUGUACUUUCAGACCCUGCGAAGCGCCUACAAUAUGAUGCAGAAGAGGAGAUUAGGACAAUGAAGAAGAAGGGUUACAAUAUGAGCAGUACACCUAAGACAUCAGCAGAUAACUACAGCAGCCAGUAUGAGAAGAGUAGUAAUAGGCGUCAGUGGCAGUCAUAUGGAACCUCGCAUCGGCGAUGGUCAGAAUACACGCAUUCGAAUAGAUAGUUUUGAACCCAUGCAAGUGACUGAAGACCAUUUGCGAUCUUGAAGCUUCAUUUGUUAGAUUGCUUUCAAAGUUUUGCCUGUGCUGGGACAGCCACGUUGGUGCUGAAUUCCAUUCUAAAUGAUCAAGCUAGGCACUGGGUCAGCCCCUGAACUGCUCUGAAUUAUCUAAUACCUCACAUGUAUGGGAAAUGCUUGCAAGCCAGAGCUUAUCGAAUCUACUUAUGGAGUCAAUGGCAGUGGACUAACUUGUGAUGUAAAUACAGAGCUCACUGACAUCUAGAAGCAAUCUAUUCCAUAAAGUUCAGCCAUCAAGUGAGUUUUUGACCACCUGGCUGCAUUGGUUGGAGCAAUGAUUCUUCUCCACAAGUUUGAUGCUACGAAACGUGUGCGGCAGGAGAGAGAUUUUUUCUUGUUCUUCCUCUCUCUUUCAAGUUUUGUUUGUGAUCUAUGGUGUUUGUUGUGCUUUGUCACUAAACCCAGAUGUUAACUUUGAAUGUGCUUGUGGGGAGCAUCAUGAUGUCGUCGGUAAAUUAAACAGUUGUUUCAUAUGAGGUGCUUUUAAGUUGUUGCAGCUGUCAAUGUUGAUUUUA